CAAAAAAUGUCUCUUGCAUACUUGAUCCUUCUUUUUCUCUACCUCUUGACGAACUCCACUUGCAACGAACAGGACAAUAAGUUCCGUUCUAGGCUACACCCCAAACCGGAGGACAACGAUUGUUCUCCUUCUUCCUGUGGUAAACUCCAUGGAAUAAGAUACCCUUUCUGGCUUAAAACUCAUUCAAAAACCCGUCCCAAGAACUGCGGCGACGAAAGGUAUAGCCUCUCCUGCGAGAACAACAUCACAAAACUACAACUUUACGCUGAAAAAUACCAUGUCGAAGCAAUCAACUACGACAACGAAACCAUCCGAAUUGCGGAUCCCAACGUUCAGAAGAACAACUGCUCCUCUCUCCCUCGCUGUUCUCUCUCCGACUACAACUUCAGUUAUGGCGAUCCAUACGAGCUCAGCCAACUAAAAACGUCUGUCAUUUUCCUGAGUUGCGAAAAUCCAGUUGUGUCUACUCUAUACGUAGAGCGCAGUGCUGGUUCUUGUGCUAAUACUGGUGCUUUGACACAAUCCAAAAGGCAUUCUUAUGUUGUGGUCAAUGGAAGCGUGUCUGAUCUGGUUGACUCCUGCACUGUAGAGCUAAUGUUUAUGGUGUCGAGCCUCGAAAGGAGUUACGGCAAACCUUCGUUUGCAGACAUCCAAGACGGGCUCGCUUACGGGAUUGAGCUUUCAUGGGGGAGAACGCUUAUAGAAUAUGAAGAACUCGAGCAGAGCUACUCAGUAUUACUAGCAAUUGGAGGGGUGUGGUUAUCAAAGGCCUUGUACGGGAGUCUAAUAAUGACGAUUAUUUUGUUGAUUUACAAACGGAGAAAGCAUCAUUUAUCAAUGGAUGGAUGUAUCGAAGAAUUUCUACGAAGUUGUAACAAUCUCAUGCCAGUAAGAUACUCAUACUCUGAGGUCAGAAAGAUGACUAAAGGCUUUGCAGACAAAUUGGGUGAAGGAGGCUAUGGCUCUGUAUAUAAAGGAAAACUUCGUAGCGGUGGCUUAAUAGCAGUCAAAAUGUUGGGUGGUUCCAAAGCUAAGUUCGGCGAAGAUUUCAUAAAUGAAGUUGCUACCAUAGGAAGGAUUCACCACGUGAAUGUUGUGCAACUUAUUGGGUUUUGCGCCGAGGGAUCGAAGCGCGCUCUUGUUUAUGACUUCAUGCCUAAGGGGUCCCUUGAUAAACACAUAUUUUCCAGUGAUGGAACUAACUCUUUGAGCUGCAAGAAGAAGCUUGAGAUUUCGCUAGGAGUGGCUCGUGGGAUCGAAUAUCUUCACCGAGGAUGUGAGAUGCAAAUUCUGCAUUUCGAUAUCAAGCCUCACAACAUUCUUCUAGACGAGAAUUUCGUUCCGAAAGUUUCCGAUUUUGGGCUAGCGAGAUCAUGCCCGUUGCGCGAUAAUAUUGUCUCUCUGACCGCAGCAAGAGGAACCUUAGGAUACAUAGCUCCGGAGUUAUUCUACAAGAACAUCGGAGGAGUCUCCUACAAAGCCGACGUCUAUAGUUUCGGAAUGUUGUUGAUGGAAAUGGCGAGUAGAAGGAAGAAUUUGAAUGCGGUUGCCGAGCGUUCGAGCCAAAUUUACUUUCCUUCGUGGGUGUAUGACCAAUUUAGUGAAGGAAAAAACGUGGUAGAGAUGGAAAAUAUAGUUGAAGAGGAUUCAAAAACAUUAAGGAAGAUGAUUAUUGUAGCAUUAUGGUGUAUACAGUUGAAGCCAAUUGAUCGUCCAUCAAUGAACAAAGUUAUAAAAAUGCUUGAAGGAGAUGUUGAAUGCCUACAAAUGCCCCCAAAGCCUUCCCUAUCUCCACAAGAGAAACCGGUAUUGGUAGAGCAUGCUCCGACGCAAUCAUCAAUACCAUCAAACGACUCGACGACUCUACCAAGAUAAAGUUUGGUUUCAAUGGCAAAUGGGGAGAUAUUGUAACUGAUUAAGACAUAAUUUGUAAUUACUGCUUGAUCUUUUAUUGCUAUUUAAACUUUAUUUAAGACCAAGUAACGUCAUUUAUUCUUGCGUCCAGCUUUUGUAAA